AAAGAAUUUAUGCAGCAAUUCAAAUCGUAAACUGAUUCCAAGUCAGUACAGACGGAGAGGGUGGUAAAGGAAGUCGCUGCUGCGGCUAUCAAAAUUUAUAACCAGACGUAAAGUACCAGCAUUUGUUCAAGUCUUUAGAACUACAUUUUCCCAUAAUCAGUCUAUAAGCCAGUAGCUAGCGAUGGACAAGCUUCGUCGUGUGCUAAGCGGUCGAGAAGAAAACGAAGAGUUGGGUCUGACUGCACAGGUCCUUGAUGCCUCGACCCUCAGCUACAGCACCAGGGUGAAGUGGUUUGCCAUAACCUUCGCCGUAGGCGUCCUGUGUUCAAUACUCGGAACAGCAUUGUUAUUCCUUUCAACCAAGCUUUUUGCUGUUUUCUACACACUGGGGAAUAUUGCAGCGCUCAGCAGCACCUGCUUUCUGAUGGGGCCAUUGAAACAGCUGAAGCGAAUGUUUGAACCAACAAGACUGAUAGCCACCAUUGUCAUGCUACUCUGCCUUGUCUUAACACUGUGUGCAGUCUUCUGGUGGGAUAAAAAGGGCCUGGCCAUUAUCUUCUGUAUUCUGCAGUUUUUGGCCAUGACAUGGUAUAGCAUCUCUUACAUUCCAUUUGCCAGGGACGCUGUAAUGAAAUGCUUCACCACCUGUCUUAACUAGGACUCUGGAGACCACAGUUUCAUUGGAAGACUGGUCCAAAUAUGCAGGCAGAGAUCUGUUGUUUAUAGAGGUGUUUUUGAGUUGUUGCUGUGGCGGUUUUGUACUGUGAAUCAUGGCUUACUAUCUGAUGGUUUGUAGCAGUUUAUACACAGGCUAGACUUUCGAUGUGUCAGGAAAUGAGUGCCUUUAAUGCUUAAUAUAUUUAAAGAUAUUCCUUUAUUUUCCAAGUAUUGUAUAUCCUUUGAAUGCAAGGAAUCAUGUUGUUAAUGCUUUAGACCUGCGUCCUGAGUGCCUUAACAAUUUGUACACACCCACCUCCACACACAUACAUAUACACAUACACAUACAUGCAUGAGUUUGUUUUGUUUUUUUGGUGAAAUUUUGAUCUGUUGAACAUCCUAAAAUAGGAUUCACACAGACUCAACUAAAUGCUUCAUACUCACUGUGUACAGGGCAACUUUAAGCCUCUGCUUAUCUACACUAUAAAGCAUUGCUUUCCUAGUGAAGAAAAGUAAAGUCAAAUGGAAAUAAGUCAAAAGAAAAUAAGAGCAGAACUAUAAAUGGCAUUUAACUAGAGCGGUCAUUUUUUUAUCUUAACUUUUUAUUUACAUUUAUUUAACCAUUUAAAAUUAAAAUUAUUUUUAUUUGCCUCAGGCUGACCCGGGGCAGUUCCCCCUGCCCCAGGAGACUGUGCUUUAAACACAGCUCCACCUAAAAGUGCCCCUAGUUUGUUAGUAAGCAAACUAGUUGAGCCAGGUUGUAUCCCCUCUAAACAAACUCAAAUCAAAGUGCUUCAGACUAUUGCAGUCUCGACCAGAAACCAAUAAGCUGUUAGUUUUGUUAAGCUUGCUAGAUCUCGGUUGAACAUCACACCAGAAAGCUGAAGAGAUGCAUUCAGGUUUGUGAAGAAUAAUCUGUUUCCCACUGUCUUUUUUUUUUCUCUGAAAAAAAAAUUCUGAACUAGUUGUUUAUGCGAAAUACUAACACACUUAACUAAUGUUUGUGUUUUUCUUCAGUUGAUUUGUGUCCCUCAGUGCAGGGAGGGGCCAUUUUUUGAAACAAACACAAGAUGAACUUAUUCUGAUUUAUGACUUUUAUCAUGUAUUUUCAUUUGUUUCAUACAAUUGUAUGUAGACUGGUUGCAGAAGUGAACAUGGGAAAAUAUUCCAGAAGUGCUCUGAUGGUUUGGAUGCACUUGGAUCACAUGGGAAUCUGUGGGGAAAAGGAGGCUUCAAUAUUUUACCGGGGAGUCAGUGGUCUUAAUGACACGAUGUCCAUUUUAUAGAAAUAUAAAAUAAACCAUCACAAAAAACA